AUGGGUCUGGAAGUCAGGAGAACACUUGACGAUUCCCUGAGUUGUUCGGCAUCAGAUGUCGAGAUUGCCGGAAGUCCAUCGUCCAGUCUGUCCAUGCCCAAGGCCUCUCGAGAUAAUGUGGAUGCAGAUCUAUCAGGCAUCGAGAAAUUAUCCGAUCUUGCAGCAGAAUUGACAGGGGAGACGUUGACUGUCAGUAGUCCCAUUCCUUCCCCCGAGAUGGGAUUCAUGGACUUGGAGGAAUCACGAGCAUUGCAUACCCUUAGUUCGAUGACUGGGCCUAUAGACCAAUCGACGCCAAGGAAGAGUCGAAGGAUGAGGAGUGAUUACCGCUUCGAAUGCUGCAUUGGGAUGAUGGCUACAAGAGACCUAAUAGACACAGAAUGCGAAAUGGAGGAGAUGUCGGCCAAGGAAAAGGAGACAUUCUUGGCUCUUCCCAAACGCAUCAGGACUGCCCCCAAAGUGGAAGUUGCAGAGGCCUGGAUGACUAACUUUCUGCGAUGGCACGGACAGCAUUCACCCUGCUCUACAAAGAUGAUCUACGUUCAAGGAUACAACGCGAAGGAGCUCCAUCAGCUGAUGAUAUGCAGUCUCUCCAAAGGCAUCCCUAAGGAAAACCUCCUGCAUUACACGUCGUUCACAGUGCUUCUGAAGAAAAUGAAAGUCUCUUUCGGAAAGCCCAAUGCUUUUCCAAGUUGCAGUACGUGUACUAGCUUGAAGGACAGGAAAAUGUCGAGAGAGGGAAGAAAGAAAGCACAUCGUCUCCACCAAGAACAUUUGAGAAUUGCCAAAAUUCAGCGCCUUACCUAUCAAAGGCACAGACUCAUGGCUCUUGAAGGUGAGGACUGGAUGACAAUUGUUGUGGAUGGUAUGGAUCAAAAGAAAACCAGUGUUCCCCGUUUUGCAAGGGAAGAUAAGAACACAAUCAACCUCCCAAUUAUCAACACCCAUAUCACAGGUACAUACCCAUUUCUGUCCACUGUCAUUGCUUUCUGGAUAGGGAUCAUGGCGUACACUGAAGAAGGCAUCCGAGAAUUCGCCUACGUGGAUAUGGGCCAAUUUCCACAUGACUCCAACCUUACCGCCGAAAGAAACGUAUCAGCGGAAGAGCAGUUGAUAGGUGUGGAGCGCACAGAUUAUCGGGCCAGAGCUCCUCCAAAUCCCAAUGAAAAUGCUGCUCUUUGCGAAACGAUGGGGCAGAAUUUUGAAAGGAAGAGUGGAACUCACUUUCAGUGGAUCAAACCUUGGGACUUCGCCUGCCUUGCCUCUUGCAAUGAUGAUCGGCAACUGACUCCCCAUGUCCUCUCCUUCUUCCAAGAUUUUCCUCUUGAGUGUGUCCUUGGCUUUCUCGGAGAAGGACCUCGCUGCAGCUGGGCUCAUCUCGAUAUCCCUCAAGGGGAUAUCAUGAGUUCCUAUAAUGAAUUCAGCGCCAUACCUAUCAAAGGCACAGACUCAUGGCUCUUGAAGUCCACUGUCAUUGCUUUCUGGAUAGGGAUCAUGGCGUACACUGAAGAAGGCAUCCGAGAAUUCGCCUACGUGGAUAUGGGCCAAUUUCCACAUGACUCCAACCUUACCGCCGAAGUCAUUCUCCGAUCAUUACUCCACUUGAGAAGGAACAUGAAGAGCAAGCUACUGAUCCAAAUGGAUAAUUGCUGUCGGGAAAACAAGAACAAGUACAUCCUCGCUCUAGCGCAUGUUCUUGUGGAUUUGGACAUCUUUGAGGAGUUAUCCUAUUCACAUGGAAUAAUUCAGCGCCUUACCUAUCAAAGGCACAGACUCAUGGCUCUUGAAGGUGAGGACUGGAUGACAAUUGUUGUGGAUGGUAUGGAUCAAAAGAAAACCAGUGUUCCCCGUUUUGCAAGGGAAGAUAAGAACACAAUCAACCUCCCAAUUAUCAACACCCAUAUCACAGGUACAUACCCAUUUCUGUCCACUGUCAUUGCUUUCUGGAUAGGGAUCAUGGCGUACACUGAAGAAGGCAUCCGAGAAUUCGCCUACGUGGAUAUGGGCCAAUUUCCACAUGACUCCAACCUUACCGCCGAAGUCAUUCUCCGAUCAUUACUCCACUUGAGAAGGAACAUGAAGACCAAGCUACUGAUCCAAAUGGAUAAUUGCUGUCGGGAAAACAAGAACAAGUACAUCCUCGCUCUAGCGCAUGUUCUUGUGGAUUUGGACAUCUUUGAGGAGAUUGUUUUCAACUUUCAUCCUGUUGGCCAUACCCACGAGGACAUAGAUCAGUUGUUCAGCACCAUCAGUCAACAUCUGCAAUUUAAGGACUUGUGCUUGCUGGAAGGGAUCAUGGCGUACACUGAAGAAGGCAUCCGAGAAUUCGCCUACGUGGAUAUGGGCCAAUUUCCACAUGACUCCAACCUUACCGCCGAAGUCAUUCUCCGAUCAUUACUCCACUUGAGAAGGAACAUGAAGACCAAGCUACUGAUCCAAAUGGAUAAUUGCUGUCGGGAAAACAAGAACAAGUACAUCCUCGCUCUAGCGCAUGUUCUUGUGGAUUUGGACAUCUUUGAGGAGAUUGUUUUCAACUUUCAUCCUGUUGGCCAUACCCACGAGGACAUAGAUCAGUUGUUCAGCACCAUCAGUCAACAUCUGCAAUAUAAGGACUUGUGCUUGCUGGAAGAUCUUUUGAGAUGUCUGAGGGAAAUCAAAAGGAGUGGGAGGAAGGAAGGUCUACACGUUGAAGAAAUAGAACUGGUCCAUGACUUCAAGAGCGUUGUCCAGUUCAACCUCCCGCGAUUCUUCAAAGGACACAAGGACCCCCUUGGAUUCCGCUUCCGGAAGUUCAGGGAAGAAACGCAAAUGCAUGUUCGCAUGCAUGCAGAAGAAGGAUGGGUUCCUAACGAGGAAGACUGCCAAUACCCAAAGGAACAUCUUGGCACUGCUCUCGGCUUCUUGAAGUUCAGGGAAGAAACGCGAAUGCAUGUUCGCAUGCAUGCAGAAGAAGGAGGGGUUCCUAACGAGGAAGACUGCCAAUACGCAAAGGAACAUCUUGGCACUGCUCUCGGCUUCUUGUGUAUCCAGGAACAACGGGGACUUUGGGAGAGGGCGAGGCUGGAAGAAGUGAAGAAGUACAUCAGUCACUACUUCCCAAGAAUGCCCCAGGAGAAGGUCGAUGCAUGGAAAGAAUUCUCUCCGGGGGAAUGUCAACAGAGAGCUACCUCAUACCUGGGUCAGCUUUUGGAUCACAAGAAGGCAUUGACCGAGACCGCGCCAGAAAUCGACCAGGCAUUAAACGACUAUUUGUCUGGUAUGGAGAAAGGUAUCGUAGGACCACUCCAACAGCCUAUCAUUGGACCAGUGGGAACCAGGCGGCAGGGAAUGUUCUCUGGAACUGAGGGUAUCUCUGCAGGAAUGCUAGCCGCAGUUUAUACGGAAGACAGAGCAUCUCGUCCAUGGGUGGGAGAAGUAAAGACUGCUGACGGAGACAAAGUGGAGAUCCAUUGGUAUGUGGGGACUUACCACGGUUCCUGGAAACCCAUGAUUGGAGACACGAGUGACAUCCCAGAUCUGGAGGACUUCAAGAUCCUUGUUGCCCCUGAUUGGGAGAGGGCGAGGCUGGAAGAAGUGAAGAAGUACAUCAGUCACUACUUCCCAAGAAUGCCCCAGGAGAAGGUCGAUGCAUGGAAAGAAUUCUCUCCGGGGGAAUGUCAACAGAGAGCUACCUCAUACCUGGGUCAGCUUUUGGAUCACAAGAAGGCAUUGGCUGAGACCGCGCCAGAAAUCGACCAGGCAUUAAACGACUAUUUGUCUGGUAUGGAGAAAGGUAUCGUAGGACCACUCCAACAGGUGAGAAUAUUUCCGAUGCUAUUAUGGGACGAAGAUGAUGGAUUUUGCAUUAUUUUUUAAUGUUAUUGACACCGCGAGAAAGAUGAAUAAUUUUCCUUGUCUCGAUGUGAAUGGUUACACAAUCCUAAAUGAUAUUGCGGGCAC